GUGAAGAGGAAUAAGAUGAAGUUUUGAACAACUAGUAGAUCUAAACUAAAACAAUUAGAUUAUGAGCUUGACUGCUCUAUCUCUCUGUGCAUGAAAGUUGAUGAAGGCUGUGCUCUGGUCAACUAUCAGGCAAUAGAAAUCUUAAGUUCGUGAUCUUAUUGUUGAAUCUGUUGUAGGGGCAAUGGAAAUAACAGAGGAACCAUUAUCCCAGAAAAUAAAAGAAGGCUCAAAAGCGGAGUUGGUGUUUAAGUGCAAAGCUCAAGGAAACCGCAAACUGACCUAUCAGUGGUAUAAAGAUGGUGCAGUGUUACAGGGAAAAGAAGAGGGCACACUUGUCCUUAAAUCUGUUACAUUACCUGACUUUGGCUGCUAUAAGUGUGCUGUUAGUUGUAAAGAUAGUUCCAGCUUUAGAGUAGAAUCAUCGCCUGCAGAACUGGAUGUUAAACCUCGUGAUGGAACAACGUACAAAUGUCUGAAAGAUAUUGACCUCAAUACUCAAGACCGGAUUGAAGACCUUCUCACCCAGAAAAGUUUCGGUUCCGGAGGGUGGAGGCAGAUCGCCUUCAAGUAUGAAAUGGAUCAUGUCAAAAUUAAAAACCUAGAGAACGAUCCAGAGGCCGGCAAAAACACACUGGAAUACCUUCGGUCAAGCAACCCAGAUCUGACGGUCUACGAUUUUUGUAAGGCACUUAAAGAACAUAGCGUAAAGCGCCUCGAUAUUGUUAGGGAAUUAAUGGGACAUCUUUCAGUUCCCAGUUCAUCAAAUGUAUAUGUGUAGUUCUGAAAAGCUGUUGUCAAUUUUGGCGUAGGGCGGUAAUCGCUCGAAGGCUAAAUAUGGUGCUUUCCCUUCCAACUAGAGCAGCUCUGUCUAGUGACCCUUUGUUAAAAUUGGACAGCUUUCUUCAGAGCUUGCAGGCCUGUCCUGGUAAAGCCUCCCAAGCAAUUUAGUGUUGUUAUCAUUAUCAUUAAUUAUCAGUUCAUAAACUCAGCGUAACAAUUAUUUUACGCGUAGUAAGUCGUUUUGACAUAGUGACUGUGCCAUCGUACCUGUCGUGUUUGACAUAUCGACGUCAGCCCGGUGGGUUUGUCAUAUGGUCAGCAUUUAUUGUUGUACAAAUUGAUUUUUCACCAAAAUAGCUAUAUUUGUAGAUCACGAUAAAAAGUGACAUAGCAGUUUUUUGCUAGAGAUUUUAGGAUGUUUUUACAAUUUGUUAUUACUUGUCGAUCUCGGCGAGUAGUGUAAUUCCAUGGACUAACAGUGGACCAAGAUUUCCAUUUUAGUCUUACGUGUGAUGCCGUUUUUGUAGAGAGAGAUCCCUUUAAGGGUAUAUCAAGAGGUCCUACUUAUUGUGACCAAGAUCGUUUCACCGUUGGACCCGAAACAUAAAGAUAAGGGUCUGUUAGAACAGCUAAGACUUGACUUAUUAACGACAAAUGUGUUAUUGAUGAGUUAAACACUUAAAAGAGGGACCAUGUCUUGCAAUUUUAGAACAUUUUGCUACCCAGAAACUUACGUACCUUCUGUUUCAAGGAGACAAUCAAUUUUAACUAGAUGUUUGUAAUUAUAAACGUCUGUUUUAACUGGUGAAAGUAAAAUUAAUAGCUUAAGAUUGUAGAAUAUUUAGACAGGUUUUAAGACUACAUAACUUAAUUUCUUUUCUUUAGUAGUGCUAAACAGAAAAUGCGUUUUGAAGAUCUUCGUUUUAGUAAUAUUUACUGGGAAGCCAAAAUUUAGUCUUAUUACCCAAGCUAACGUGCAUAUGCUGUACAGUAGCCAGUUGGUGUUUAGGGCUUGAAACACGAGCGAAAAAAUGUAACAGGUCUUUCAACCCACGUAUUACCAAAAGUUGUCAAAGUCAUAUUCACCUAAAACUUAUUGGUCAGGUUAAACAACGUAGGCAUUGAUCACCGAUAUCACUGAACUUGCCAUGUAGUUAAAAUCUCGGGAAUGGCAGAGUAAGAAAAAAAUUACAGAUUGAUGCCUAUAGAAACGAAGGAAUUUGAAAGUUGGUAUGCCAAAAUCUUCGUCUCAAGGGUUGAGAGGACUGUCCACACUUUAUCUUUGUUGUACAUAAUAUGAGCUUUUUUUAUAGAAUGGGGCAGGAGAAAUCUCGAACGUUUUUAGCUGAACAUAGUUGUGCGCGAAUGUGACAAACAUUCAAGAAUAUUCUGAAUGCCCACCAAUUAUUUGUAGCUGGUCUACCCGAAGCCUAAGGUGGCAGGGCAAAGCUCUGUUCAUGAGGAUAAUUGUAGAUUUUAUCAUAGAUUUAUUCACCUGUACUAAGAGUAUAGUUUAAGGAAUAGUGUAGAACGUACAGAAUUAUUUUUGUAUGUAGACAGUAGCUGGUUUACAGUAUUAGGUAUUUUACACUUUAGAAAUGUUUUGAAAUUUGUAUUUGUUAUUGUAUGUAUACUUAAUAUGUAUUUUUACUACUGUGUCUAUUUUUGUAGUUAUUAGAAUUAAAUUUGCAAUGAAUUCCAAUGCA